AUGGCAUGUGAGUACAUCACCUACAAGGGGAUGCUGUACCCACGCCUGGAUCACUCCCUUGAGGUACUGAGCUACGUGGAGAACGAAUUCCAGGUGCGGGAUGACGACGUCUUCAACAUCACCUACCCCAAGUCAGGCACUAACUGGAUGCUGGAGAUUCUGAGUCUGAUCCGUUGUGGCGGGGACCCCGGCUGGGUGCGCAGCGUGCUGAACUGGGAGCGGGCGCCCUGGGUGGAGACCAAGGUGGGGCUGGAGGCUGCCCUGAAAUACCCCCCACCCCGGCUGCUCUGCUCCCACCUCCCCGUCCAGCUCUUCCCCAAGUCCCUGCAGCGCUCCAAGGCCAAGAUCAUCUACACCCUGCGCUGCCCCAAGGACGUCCUGGUCUCGCUGUACCACUUCUCCAAGCUGCUGCGCCUCUACAAGGACCCUGGCUCACUGGACUCCUUCCUCGAGGACUUCCUGAGUGGGAAUGUGCCCUUUGGCUCCUGGUUCGACCACGUCACCGGCUGGAUGGGGCUGAAGGGCAACGAGAACUUCUUCUCCAUCACCUACGAGGAGCUGCAGCAGGACCCAUGGGGCAGCGUGCGGAGAAUCUGCCACUUCCUGGGGAAGGAGCUGAGUGAGGAGCAAGUGGCCGCGGUGGUGGAGAACGCCUCCUUCCAGAGCAUGAAGGGGAACAAAAUGUCCAACUUCUCCCAGCUGAGGGACGAGUACAUGGACCACCAGAAGGGGGAGCUCCUGAGGAAAGGGAUCUGCGGUGACUGGAGGAACCACCUCUCAGAGGCACAGAGCCAACGAUUCGAUACUGUUUACCAGGAGCGGAUGCAGGGUCUGGGCAUGACGUUCCCCUGGGACUGA